UUUCUUCAUUCUGCUUUAUAUACACACGGGGGUUGCUUUAAUUUUACUAUUAUUGUAAUUCUGCAUAUCAAAGACACAAAUGUUUUUACAAGGAAGCAGUGAAUGAUAUUUAGUAAGUCUGAAACUAAGCAAGCCUCACAUUAAGCUGCUGGAGAUGUGAAACAUGAUGAACUCACAGAGCGUGACCGCGCCGCGUGCGCGUGCGUCUGCGCAGAUGGACAGCGUGAGCAGCCACAGCGUGUACGUGCUGCAGCAGCUGCAGGAGCAGCGCAUCCAGGGCCUGCUGUGUGACUGUAUGCUGGUGGUGAAGGGCGUCUGCUUCAAAGCACACAAGAACGUGCUCGCGGCCUUCAGCGCGUACUUCAGGUCUCUGUUCCAGAACCAUCCAGCGCAGAAGAGCGAUGUUUUCCACCUGUCCAUCCAGGACGUGGGCGGCAUCGGGCAGGUGUUGGACUACAUGUACACCUCACACCUGGAGCUCAACCAGGACAACGUGCACGCGCUGCUGGAGAUCGGACAGAGCCUGCAGGUGUUGAACAUCCUAAACAUGUGCCAGGCGUUCCUGAAGCCCUGCGUGUCGACCGAGGCGGCUCACUAUCAGGACUGUGUGAUCGGAGGAUCGUUACCGUCAGACACCGAUCUGCACAAGCCCCUGCCUCACGGAUACAAGCUCAGGAACUUCUACACCAGACAGUAUCUGAAGCAGAGCUGCAGCUUCCCGCCGGAGGAGCCACUCCAGAGCAGUGUUCCUGCGGCAGACUCCCCAAAGAAAACUGUUUACCUGAAGAAGUUCAACUACCUGCGCUCACACAUCAGUGCAGAGGAUGAGGGCGUGCAGCACGGUGACCCACAGGGGACCACUCCCACUGGCCCCGCCCACACCUCUGACCUCUCCAUGACCUCUGACCCUGCAGAAGUGUCCGAGCUGAAAACAACACCUACGGCGGAGCCUGAUGUCCUGAUAGGUCACGUUGAGAGGUCGGAGGUCAGUAGCGGGAACAAAUACUGCUGUGAGGUUUGUGGAAAGACGUUCAAACAUCCCAGCAACCUGGAGCUGCACAAGCGCUCACACACAGGUGAGAAGCCGUUCCAGUGUAACGUGUGUGGGAAAGGAUUCUCACAGGCAGGAAACCUGCAGACGCAUCUGCGCAGACAUUCAGGAGAGAAGCCGUACAUCUGUGAGCUCUGUGGAAAGAGCUUCGCAGCGUCCGGAGACGUCCAGCGGCACAUCAUCAUCCACUCGGGAGCGCGGCCGCACCUGUGUGACAUCUGUGGACGAGGGUUCAGCAACUUCAGCAACCUGAAGGAGCACAAGAAGACGCACAGCACGGAGGAAGAGUUCACCUGUGAGCAGUGCGGGAAAUCCUUCAACAUGCAGAGGAAGCUGUUCAAACACAAGCUGAGGCACAGCGGAGACAAACCCUACAGCUGCCAGACCUGCGGGAAGUGUUUUGCGGGGUCAGGUGAUCUUCAGCGUCACGUGCGCUCUCACACAGGUGAGCGACCCUACACCUGUGACACCUGCGGCAAGAGCUUCACACGCACCGCGGUCCUGCGCAGACACCGCAGCUCUCACUGCAGCCACGCAGACGCAGACGCCUCCUCCCCGGCUGCGCCGCUCACUAGCGCCCCCUGCAGGAGCGGAGAGGACCUGAGCAGCGGAGCGCUGUGGGGACGAGCCAUGAAGACACUGCAGAACCACACCGACACCGAGCACUGAACUUCCUGUCAUGUGACCCGCCUCAAACUCUCUAUUAAACGCUAUUUAUGAAUGCA